CGCGGCGACAGGUGCGACGCUCCUCGCCUCAAAAAUCGCGUCCGCCUCUCGACAUCCGUCUUUACCUUCGAUCCGCGCGCUCCGAUCGAGCCGGCCCUCGCGCCGCGCGCGUCGCGCCGAGCGGGAACCCCCGCAUCCGUCACGUCCAAACUUCGCGAAAACCCGUGUAACACCUCGCCACCGGGGUUCAAACGGUUGCGACGGAUUUUUCAUCAACACCCGCCCAACUCUCCGGCGACGUGCGCGCCGCCUUCGUCGAUCCGACCCGCCCGCGCCUCCCUCUCUGACCCACGAACCCCUAAACCCUUUCCCAAACCCAGGCGGCCUCGGCCCCGUCGGCAGGGCGGCGCUCGGCCUGGACGAGCAGUGCCAUUCGCCGCUCGCGCAGAGCGCGCAGCAGAUCGGGCUGAGCACCUACGCGCCCCCCGAGCAGUGCAAGGCGAUGGUCGUCUGCGCGGGCUCGCCCAGGGCCGCCUCCACCGCGGAAUGCACCCUCGCCGAGCACGUGCUGGAGUACAUGAUGGAGGAUGAGCAUCGCGCGGGCAGGCUGCAGCAGGAGAAGGCGACGUACCUGGGGUACUGGAACUACCACCUCCACCAGCUCUGCUCCGACGGUUUCGACUGCGAGAACAAGUACCCGGCGGACCUUCGCGACCUGUGGACCAGGGACGACUGGUCCAACGCGCUGUCCAACGUCGACGGCGGCGGCGACAUUCGGACCGAGAUGGACAACUACUACAGCAAGAGGGACUCGGUCGAAGCGUCGAGCGUCGUCAUCGCCAAAUCGCACGAAUUCGACGAGACGCUGCUGACGAUGUGCGACAGGCGACUCGUGUUGACGUCUUCGCGGGACAAGGAGGAGGUUUUCGACUCCGCGCUGAGCCUCGGGUGGUUCACGCAGCCGAAGGAGGAAUCCCGGUGGUGGUUCGACACCUACUACGACCUCUGGCAGCAGUGGGGUCACUGCUGGGUGAGCGCCACGCAAGGCGACGAAAACACCGCGCGUUUCGACCUCAACUUCAAACAGCUCUCCACGGAGGGUUCGUUUCGGGCGGUGGUGCGCCUGAUGGCGUACGAGCUCGCCAAGGUGUUGCAGCUGGACGAUACCCUCAUGGACAUGAACGGCAUCGUGGACAAGGUUGUGGAGCGGGACUUUCAGCGCGAGCUCAACCCUGCGCUGACCAACGGCGGUUUGAGGACGGCGACGGCUGAGGCGGCGUCCAACUGAGACGGGGAGACGGGGAGACGGCGACGUCGUCGUGACUCGUCUCCUGUAGGAACACGGAGGGAGCGUCGGCCGGUGUCGGCGUUGCGCCCUAGGAACACUAAACUAUUUCUUUAUGACACUGAACACACGGCU